AUGGGUGAAGAAGUUAGUCAAUCGAAUAAUGUUCUUAAGAGUUCUGCUGGGUCUGAUGAAACAGAUAAGGCGGCACCAGCAGUAACUGAUGAAUGUGAAACCAUAAAUUCUAAUGAAAAAUCGGAAAUCGAAAAUACGAAUAAUAAUAUUGAGUGUGAGCCGCAAUCGAAUAACGAAAAGAUCCUGAAAAAAGUGUCCAUUUCUAAGCAUCAAGAAAAUUCUUCAAUUGAAAAAUCCAGAAAAUGGUACAACAUCGGCUUUAUGCAUCGUGCGGGAAUUUCAAGUAACUUCAGGAGUGCAAAUACAACUGACAAUCGAAAUGCCGUCAAGAUGGAUAACAGGCACAGCUGGCACUUAAAUGAUUCCACGGAAAUAAGAAGACGUAGAAAGAGAAGAACACAAAUGGCAUCGUCAAUUCCCAUCAGCAUUUUGAAACUCCACGAGGAUAUUAACUUCAAUUUCGGGUACGAUUACUCCGGGACAGAAUUUUAUUUUUCUUGUUCAACUUCAACUAAUGUUACAGAAUUUUAG